GUUCUUUUGGGGAAUGCUAGUCAAAGUGGCGACGUUAAAUAACCUUUAUAUACUCGUCUAAUCAUACAAAGUCCAGAUUUUAGGCUAGCCAAUAGAGAGUAGUUUUUUUUUGCAGUCUAUAGUUUACAAUCUACAAAAGUAGUUCUGGCACAAGUAAGAUCGGGAUAGAGCAACAGGCUCAAUGCCUACUAAUCACGUAUAGACCCUGUCAUCCCCAACGAAUGUCCGAGGGGUCAUAACAAUUUUAACAUCACACAGUUGGAUACUCCCCGGAGGCAUGUCACGAAGGAAAACGAGGAAAAUAUAUGCAGAUACGUGCAGGAUGCACUGGAUCAGUCCUAGUAUUCGGCAGCUUUGAACGACAUUCAUAGAGAUGCCGGAUACCACAUGAAUGUCGUUCUUGAACGUUGCCCACCGCCCAUAGCAGACACGGAAGAAAACCUGCCGCGAAAAACAACUAAGAUCGGGAUAGAGCAACAGGCUCAGUGCCUACUAAUCACGUAUAGACCCUAUCAUCCCCAACGAAUGUCCUGCAUGUGGUCAGGGCUUUCGUAACACCCACCACAUAAUCAACUGCUCAGCCAACUCUACAUCACUCUAACCAUGGAUUUAUGGACGCAUCCAAUUGAAAUAGCCAAAUUUUUAGGCCUGGACAUUGAAGUAAAACUCCCCAAUUAGAUUAUUGUAUAGUUUUAGCUGUUACGACAAGAACAACUCCCACUCCAACAACACUUUCUUUCGCGUUUUGCAGCCUACGAAUGACCCCCAAAAACCAAGAAACAACGAUGGUCUUAUAAUAAUUAUCUUAACAAAUUUACCAAUUUUAUUAUUUUGUAAUUAAUAACUAAUUAACGUUUUAGCUUCAUUUAAAUAGUAAUCCUAAACAACGGAAAACUUUUAGAAACAUUAAGAAAAGGCAUAAAAUGAAACAAUAACAAAAAACAUCCAUCAAUUUUGGCAGUUGUUGUUCUUAUUAAGUGUACACUGUUCUUAUUGUUGAUAAAUUUUUCCACUUAAAAUGGAGUACCAAUAAUAACAACAACAAUGACAGUUUGUAUUGCCACUUGUUUUUUUAGCUAUUUGUCUUCUUCUUUAGUUGCUAAAAAUUUCUAAAGUGUUCGGGUGUUUAGUGUUAAUAGUCCUUUUUAAAUUAAUUUAAAACGUUAUUUAAAUGUUAUUAUUUAAACAAUUUAGUUGAAAAUUGUUAAUAAUUACCGUUAUGAAAAAGUGUUUAUAAAAAAGUGUUGUUAGUUUAAAAAUGUGUUUUAAAAUUUGCCAAACAUUCAAUGCAAUUUUGUUAGGCCGAGCGUCGAUCGGUGUGUUUUUUUUUGUCGUGUCAUUCGUUUUGUUAAGUGAGAAAAAGGCAUCAAUCAAAUAGGAUAGUGCUAGAUCUUGGACAAAAAACUAUUUUUUUGAUAAAAAAAAAUGUUGAUUGAAAGAAAAAAAUGAAAAAUGUUAAAGGAAAGGAGUUGGAGGUUAUGUUUGUAAAUGUAUAUGUGUUGCAAAAUGGAAAUAUUGUAAAUACGGACAGUAAAAUGAAAAGACACUCUUGAACAAUUGGAUAGCAUACGUCAUCGCACCACGGCCAAUGCCCAAAUGUUAACUGUAACCAUAAAUGCUCUGCUCGAACGUUUAAAAAACGUUUGGCCUGAUGUCGAGCCGCAAUAUGUCAAAUUACAGGACUGGUCAAAUGUUUACUGGACAAGUGGUUGGGUGGCUGGCAUGGUCAUUGUCUGGAUUUUAUUAUUCCUCCUCAUGUCCUACUGUUGCUUCCUGUGUGAUGCGAACAUUAAAGCGGGCGUAAUACUUUUCGUGGCUGUUGUUAUUAUCUGUUUAAGCAGUAUUUGUAUAACUGUGUACGGUGUCGUUUCCCUAGCUAUUGGUGGUAAUGCGGAAAUAUUCCUAUGUCAACCGAUGUAUGAUGAUGGGGGCAGUGGGAAGGCAACUGCUACAACGUCCAUUUCAACAGAUAUUAAAUGGAAUAUGGGUGGGAAAGACAACAACAAGAACAAUGCCUACGACGUGCUGGGUAAGUUAUUCGAUAAACCGGGUUAUGUUUAUUUACACGAACCGCAAACGGGUAUUAUUGGUGAACUUUUACGACCGGAUGGAGUGAAUCAUUCAAUUGUAAAUGUUAGCUUGGCAACAGCUUUAAGGUAUGUUGCAAAUAUCUACUAUUUUGAGUUUAUAAAUGACUACUUAGUGCUUGUUGCGAAAUGUAUCUCGCUACUUGCUUGUUUGUAUUUAUGUGUUAAGCGGAUUAUUUACUUUAGUAUGAAGUUAUAGUUUAGUUUUGUUGAAGCAGUAUUUGUUGUUGAAUUUAUGUGUAGAAUUUAUAAGUAGCUUAAUCAAAUAUUUCUAUGAUUGUAUGUAGUACAUAUAUAUCUAUAAGUGUUUAGGUGUUUCCAUGCUUUUUUCAAUAAAGUCUUGACCAUAGUUUUCACUUUGACCAUAUUCUUAGCUUAAAUUUAGAAUUUGACUAGGAUUCAACUAGAACUGAACUAGAACUGAACUAGAACUGAACUAGAACUGAACUAGAACUGAACUAGAACUGAA